CCAGCCCGAGCUGUGAGGAAGGAACCAACCGUUACUCAUCUGAUCCGGUCCCGCCCAAUCUCCACGGGGAGUCACCAUGACGAUGCUCCACACACCACACGCCCGCCUCGCCGCGACCACUCCCACCGCUACCCGGUCGCCACCAUGGCCGCGCUCCUCCCCUCCUCUGUCCCCUUCCCCCACGCCUCCUUCCCCAACGCAAAGCCCCACCAACUCGCCACCCCCGCCGCCACGAGGCCCGAGUCACCCAACGCGGCCCCGGCGCCCAACCCCGCCAGCGCCCGCCUCCGCCGCCUCAUCGCCCGCGAGGACCUCGCCGCGGCCGCGCGCCUCGUCGAGCGCUCGGCCUCCCGCGAUGGGGAGGCCCCCGACGUGUACCUCUGCACCAAGCUCAUCCGCAACCUCUGCCGCCGGGGCCGCACCUCCGACGCCGCGCGCGUGCUCCGCGCAGCCGAGGGGUCAGGCUCGCCCGUCGACGUCUUCGCCUACAACACCCUAGUCGCGGGGUACUGCCGCUACGGCCACCUCGACGCCGCGCGCAGGCUCAUCGCGUCCAUGCCCGUCGCGCCCGACGCGUACACGUACACGCCCCUGAUCCGCGGCCUCUGCGACCGCGGCAGGGUCGCCGACGCGCUCAGCCUGCUCGAUGAUAUGCUCCGGCGCGGGUGCCAUCCCAGCGUCGUCACCUACACUGUGCUACUCGAGGCGUUGUGCAAGAACAGCGGAUUCGGGCGGGCCAUGGCGAUCCUGGAUGAGAUGCGUGCCAAGGGAUGCACACCCAAUAUUGUCACCUACAAUGUCAUCAUCAAUGGCAUGUGCAGGGAAGGCCGUGUUGAUGACGCCAGGGAGCUCUUGAACACGCUGUCCUCUUACGGCUUCCAGCCUGACACUGUCAGCUACACCACCGUUCUGAAGGGCUUGUGCGCUGCUAAGCGGUGGGAUGACGUCGAGGAACUCUUUGCUGAGAUGAUGGAGAGGAACUGCAUGCCGAAUGAGGUGACUUUUGACAUGCUAAUCAGAUUCUUUUGUCGAGGAGGUAUGGUCGAGCGAGCGAUUCAAGUUCUUCAACAAAUGGCGGAGCAUGGAUGCACAGCCAACACUACCUUGUGCAAUAUUGUCAUUAACUCUAUUUGCAAACAAGGGCGGGUUGACGAUGCCUUCAAGUUCUUAAAUAACAUGGGUUCCUACGGGUGCAACCCAGAUACCAUUAGCUAUACUACAGUGCUUAAGGGCUUGUGUCGCGCCGAACGAUGGGAUGAUGCCAAGGAGCUUCUAAAAGAGAUGGUCCGAAAGAAUUGCCCCCCAAACGAAGUGACAUUCAAUACAUUUAUCUGCAUCUUGUGCCAAAAGGGGUUGAUCGAGCAAGCCAUUAUGCUUAUUGAGCAAAUGUCAGAGCAUGGAUGUACAGUGGGUGUCGUCACAUACAAUGCUCUUGUUAAUGGAUUCUGUGUGCAAGGACGUAUUGACAGUGCCCUAGAAUUGUUUCGCAGCAUGCCCUGCAAACCCAAUACCAUCACAUAUACUACUUUGCUGACAGGUUUGUGCAACACUGAACGGUUAGAUGCUGCUGCAGAGCUCGUAGCUGAGAUGCUUCAUAGAGAUUGCCCUCCAAAUGCAGUGACUUUCAAUGUACUCGUGAGUUUCUUCUGUCAAAAAGGAUUCCUUGAGGAAGCAAUUGAACUGGUUGAGCAAAUGAUGGAACAUGGUUGCACCCCUAACCUGAUUACAUAUAAUACACUACUUGAUGGGGUUACCAAGGAUUGCAGUUCAGAAGAUGCUCUGGAGUUGUUGCAAGGCUUGGUCAGCAAAGGGGUAUCGCCAGAUGUAAUUACAUUCUCUUCAAUCAUUGGUGUCCUCUCAAAAGAAGAUAGAGUUGAAGAUGCCAUUCAAAUGUUACACGUAAUGCAAGACAUUGGAAUGAGACCCAAAGCUGUGGUGUAUAACAAGAUACUACUUGGUCUCUGUAAAAGAUGUGAAAUAGAUAAUGCUAUCGACUUUUUUGCCUAUAUGGUAUCUAACGGAUGCAUGCCCAAUGAAUCAACCUACACUAUACUUAUUGAAGGCCUUGCUCAUGAGGGUUCGUUGAAGGAGGCCCAUGAUCUACUGAGUGAGUUGUGUUCAAGAGGAGUUGUAAGCAAGAACUUGAUAGAAGAGUGGCAUUAAGGUUUAAGAUCAAACUGUGCAUAUCCUUUGAGUCGUGACCGAACUGGACCACUAAGUGCGUAUUCAUUAUCCACGGUAAACUGGAUGUGGAUUGAUGGCUGCCUUCUGUGCUCAAGCUGCAGUGCUUCAUGUAGAUAGUUGUUUGAUGGCCCAUAACUUCGUACAGAGGAACCAUGACAAUGAACCUUACUUAGAAGUUUCAAGACGAGGCCAAGAGAUGAAUCUGGACUAAAGCACAAGCAAAAAAGUUUGGUGCUCAUAGAUUUUUACUUUUACAGUAAAGAAUGCAAUCCACUUUUUUUUUUCUUGACACUCUUGUGUUUUCAACUGACACAUUGACUUGUUAAACUGUAAUGCAUCAUACUUACGAUGCUUUUGGGCUUUUCUUUCAUCAACUAUGGUAUGUGUACUGUUGCUUUUCCCUCCAGGCCUGUGCGAGACAGUAGCUUUUAUUUUUAUUUCACUCCGUUGCUCAAGAGUGCAGACGACAACAUCCCUCAUUGAUUAGUGGUUUUACCCAGGUUUCUGUCACUUAAAAUUGGCUUGUCAAAGAAUUAUUAGAAUAUAAUGUUAUCUGGAUUUUUUGACUUUGAACAGGUUAGUGUGCUUUUACCAUCUUCAUUACCGAAAAUUUGUAUGCUGUAAGUUUUUUAGCUCCCUUUUUUAGUAGCUGUAGGUUUAUGGUGUUAUUUUUUACUGGCCUCCUGGAACCUCAGAAUCUAGUGCACAUGCUUUAUCCUCAAAGAGUCAAUUCUGGUAUCAGAUUCUAACGCUAUUAUAUGUUUCAAAAGGUGAUCGUUGCCUAUGAUGGAGAUGUAAAAAACUAAUCAACAAUUCAAGAUGCAGCAGACCCAAGCAAGUGGUGGAGGAGAUCAGGGACCUAUUCUGCAGGUAAGCUCAUAAUCAUGCAGUAACCUUUUAUCAUUCCAUUUCAGCACGGCACUUAAAUUGGUUGGUAAGCCAACAUGGUGACCAAUGAACCUCAUGAGAUGCUGAAGAUCAGAACUGAACAAAUUUAAUUGCCCAGAUGCCCAGAUUCUAGUGUCCGAUUUUACAGGUAGAGGGAGACAUGGUCAAUAGAGUUAUCUUCAGAGAAGCUGGGUUCUAUUCUAGAUGCACACCAGCUUUGACAGGUUGAGGGAGACAUAGGUGUCAACGGAGUAAUCUUCAGAGAAGCUGGAUUUUAUUCUAGAUGCAUACCAGCUUUAACGAAGUUCAGUUUCAGCAGUGUCCCAGGAAGAGUAACCAAGUGGCGCAUGAUUUGGACAAGCAUGGCACGGCGGUGAAGAUAGAGAGUUCAGGUGCUCCCGUGCACCCAACGGAUUGCUGAAAAUGGGUGAGAUGAGUGUCUGAAAUGCUGUAUCCAGGGUUUGUACAGAACGUGGUGGCUAGAGAUUUGUCUAGCACCAGGGUAACGAAAAUUCACAAGAGAGUCAAUCCAUUGCAUACUAGUACAGUUUUAAGUCG